AUGCCGGCAUGGGGAAAACUCGCCAUCCCCUUUCGGAGUCUCCAUCGCGAGGCGGCCGCUCCUGAGAAACCACGGUCUUUUCCUACCAGCGGCUUCAAAACUAUUGACCAAGAUGUCAAGGUAGAGGAGGAAGAAAUACCAGACUACGUUGCUGAACGCUUCUAUCCCGUGCGUCUUGGAGAAGUCAUCCGUGACCAGUAUCAGACUGUGGUCAAGUUAGGAUUCGGCAGCUCAUCGACAAUCUGGUUGGCUCGGGAUCUCAAGAACCAUCGCUAUGUCUCGCUCAAGUUCUAUGUCCACACAUCGCGUUUUCAGCGCGAGCUUGGGCUCUACAACGAAAUGACCAAAUUACUUGCAAAGACAGCAAAUCCAGGCCGGAACAACAUUCGGCAUCUUCUUGACUCAUUUGAGAUCGAUGGCCCUUGCGGCAAGCACGUUGUUCUUGCCUUCGAACCUGCCCAGAUGAGUCUGCGCGACAUGAAGCUCGUCUUCCAAAAAGACGGCGGGUUCGAUGAGAUGUUUGUCAGAGGGGCCAUACAGGAACUUCUCAAGGCUCUGGACCUCCUUCAUAGUGAGGCUCAUAUUGUUCACACAGACAUUCAUCCCGGAAACUUACUUCUGGGUCUGGACGAUGACUCCGCGUUGCGUCCUCUCGAAGACCGGCAAUUUACGUCUCCGGUAUCCCGAAAGGAAGUUGCAGGCGACAGAACCAUCUACUUGUCUCAGCUGAUGCGUCCGAAGCCUGGGCCCAUGUUGCUCUCUGACUUUGGUGAAGCACGGUCUGGCCCUGGCCACCAUGCUGGGGAUAUCAUGCCUAUCCAAUAUCGCACUCCUGAGGUCAUCAUGUGCUUGCAGUGGAGCUACGCCGUCGAUAUAUGGAGUGUAGGUCUAACAGCGUGGGAUCUUUUAGGACCAAAGAAUCUUUUCACUGCAGAAGAUGAAGAUGGGGAGAUGUACGAUGCUGCGCACCUUGCCGAAUUCAUCGCUGCGAUAGGGCCACCUCCACUGAGCUUUUUGAAACGGAGUCCCGAACGGGCCGCUGACUUUUGGGACGAGCAAGGUGAGCCCUACAGGAAGGCAUAG